UCGUCCUUUUCCCUUUCAAUCUGUUUCAUUUUUUUUCUUAUUCGUUUCUGUUUCGUUUUUUUUUUCUUUUUAGUUUGUGUAUGGGCGAAUUCGGAGGGUUGAAGUGCGAUCAAGGUUUUCAAGUCAAAUUCAACCAUGAAAACUCUAGAUCUAGAGUUUUCAUGGUCAAAUUUGGCCUCGUAAACCCAAUUACAAGGUUUUGUGUGGUCGAAUUAAGGUUAUGGAUUCUUCAUUUCCAUUUUGUGAAAGAAUUUGUAUCCCUUUUCAACCCAUGUUGGUUCAGAUCACAGACUGUCUUGAUUUCCCGAAGCCUACUUAUUUUGUGGUUGAUCAUGUUACUUGUAGUUCAUCUGUUUAUGUAAGGACUGAGGGUGAACGUGGUAUUUUCUGGUUUAUUGGUGGUAAAGCAGCCAGUAUUGAUGAGUCUCAAGAAAAUGCAGCUCAAAGAGCAGUGCACUUUUUAAUCAACAAAUAUAAUAUUUGUGUUGGCAAUUUCACUACGGAUAGAAUGAGAAUGUAUGAACUUUGCGGGAAAUUGUAUAGGCUAAAACGCAAUGCUUUAGAAUCUGGUAAUCAUAAACAAAGUUGCAGUAAGAAAAUUGUAGGUGAUGUGAUACAUUUAUCUAUUGAUUAUGUGGGAUUCAUGGUUAAAGUUGUUAGGAAAACUGGUGUGCUUGUAACUGGUGUAGAAACAAUGCACUCAGAAGGUCAAGGUUAUAUAUCUUGGGUUGUUGUCACAUGUCACCAUACCAAGAGUGGAAUGGAGUGCUUCUUCAGUGAGCUAUGCUCAGAUAGCAAUAAGUCUCAAGAAAUGGUUACAAAGAAAGCAAUAUACUAUAUCAUGUAUCAGUAUAACUUAGAUAUAGUGGAUGCAAAUUACGGCUCUGCAAAUUUGAAAGGUGUACUGUGUUCUCUUGAAAGGGAAAGCUGCUUAUGCUUAGAAGAGAGAAAGAAAGGGCAGAGACAUCAUGGACGACUGAUGCCUUUCUUAAUUGAAGAAGCUCCAUCAACUCCACCUAAAGCUAAUUUACAGACUCCUGUGCCUAUUGAUGCUCCAGUUACUCCUGCUAAUUUAGCGACUAAGAGACCAUUGGGAUCACCAUCUACACCUGACAUUGGAAGUAAUACCCCAUCUGUAGUCCGAAAAAGAGUUAGAUUUUCAUAAUUCUACCAGCAUUGUACUGACCAGCCAAUUUCUGCUAUCUGUGUGUAUUGUAGUUUCUACUGUUUAAUUGCAAUGUGUAAUUCUGAUUUACAUUUAGUAAUGGUUAGCUGAUAAUUAUUCAGUAUACACCGUUUACAAGGAUGUAUUCUAGAUAAUGCUUUGGUGUACUUUUGUUCUACAAAUUCCACUACUAAUGUA